AAGCCUUUACAGUAACUUAGCUCAUAGAACAAACUUACAAAAGCUUUUCAUUCCAAUUUGCCACCAAACACAUGCUCCGGUUGCGGAUCUCCGACCGCGCGGUCGAAUGCUGUGGAUUUCCGGGCGAUUUUCGUCACCGGAGUGUUCACGAUCGGAGACCGAACCACCGUCUCCGGUGGAUCCAUGUUAGCAGGAUCCGCGUCAGCAUCGUCGGGGCGUUGAAGGACGAUCGCGGAGCGGGCGGUUUCGCGGGACAAAGCUGGGACCCGGGCCUGGAGAUUGAGGUGCCUUAUGAGCAGAGACCUGUAAAUGAGUACUCUUCUUUGAAGAGUAGCACCCUUUACUCCUGGGCCGAGCUAAGACCGCGAUCCUUCUUCCUCCGUCUCGGCGGUUUAUGGCUCGUAACGUUUACGGUUCUCGGAGCGCCAAUUGCAGCCGCAAGCUUUAACCCUUCCAAGGAUCCGCUGAAAUUUAUCCUCGCUGCGGGAAUCGGAACUCUUCUUCUGGUGUCCCUGGUUGUUCUGAGGAUAUAUCUGGGAUGGAGUUACGUCGGGGAUAGGCUGCUUUCAGCUGUCAUACCUUACGAAGAAACGGGGUGGUACGACGGUCAGAUGUGGGUUAAGCCGCCCGAAGUAUUGGCUCGUGAUCGGCUACUGGGAUCAUACAAGGUAAAGCCGGUGAUUAACAUGCUGAAACAGACGUUGGUCGGCACGGGAGUGUUGCUUGUUUCUGCUGUAUCACUUUUCAUAUUCGCAGCCCCGGUGGAAGAGAUCAUACACUCUGUUCUCGAACCGAAAGAUAACAAUGUGACAGCCCCGACUUCGAAGAGCAAACCGAACUUACGUAAAGAGGAGCUACUGAGAUUACCUGCGGAAGUAAUGAAGGAUGAUGAUCUAGCAGCUGCUGCAGCAGAGGCUGCUGACGGAAGGCCGGUUUACUGCAGGGAUCGAUUCUACCGCGCAUUAGCGGGCGGGCAGUACUGCAGAUGGGAUGAUUUACUGAACUAGAUUGCAAAUGUUGCAGAUUCAAAUGUACUGUUAUAAGAUUGCAUGCAAUUUUGGAUUUUGUUGCUAUGUGUGUGUGGUCCAACAUUCCUGCAAAAGCAGAUCACAAUGCUGUUUUUGUUGCCUCUACAUUCAUUCUAAUGUGUGGGGAUUAUUUAUUUAGUUCCAAACAUUUGGUAGGCCCAAGUCGCGGACUUCUAAAUGAAUUGAUGAUGAUUUUUGUUGCGAA